GUAAAGUAUGGUAUUUAUUAAUUAACCCUGCCCUGUAGCUGCUGGAAUGGAGUAAGCGUGCAAACUCGGGGUUUCCGCUGAUUGAGGACGCAUAGCGUACAGCGGAUGGUGGAGGUGCAGGGAGGACGCUGCAAGAGAGUGAAUAGUGGUGUGCACGCGAUAUGCGCAUAAAUAAGACUGUAGAACUAGACAGAGACAGAGGUAUCUCUCCAUGGCUUCCAGAAGCAGGAGUGCCGCAAGUCGCUGCAGAGCAGAUCGCAGCAGAGAUAUUCAGCCUGGAGUCUUUUUCUCUCGUAUCCAGGCCGGCUGGCUGUUUCGACUGUCGACAGCGUAGAAAGCCAUCAUAAUAUUAUCGGGGAGCCUCCUCCACCAGACUAGGAGCUCACUCCAUCCACUCCACCCUUCGCUUCCUUCGCGUCCCUUCUUCCUUCUCCCCCUUUCGCCUCCUUUCUUCCCUCGUUCCUCCUUCCCCCUCCGUCCUCUCUUCCUUCUCUUCCAGCUCUGGACUCCCCCUCGUUUCCAAGGUCGAAUCCCGCCUCUCGUUGACCUUUCCGCUGUCUGUCGUUCCCAACCCUCUGGACGCUUCAUGGGCUUUCCCUCCUACCUCUCUAAAUAGAUACAAUUCCAUCAUCAACGGUCUCCGUUCGUUCAGACGCUGCUUUCUGGAUCGAUUUAUUUGCCUACCAUCCGGCCAGGAGAUCAUUUGUCAGCCUCCAAAAACCGGUAUUCUCGGAAUUUAAGCCUCAUUCCGGGGCGCCCGCGAUAUCUCCGCUCGUCUCCUGGCAACCACAUCGCUGAGAGGAAGAGAUUCCAAGACAGAAGAGAAGAAGAAAAAAACGGGAAGGAGAAGGACUGCAUAUGUGUUGAUUCCAACGUCGAUAGUGUUCUGUGCAUGGAGGAGCUGGCCUCCCCAACGAGAAUAUCUAUCCAGACCGUCCCAGGAGAUGUGUAGCGCUUGCAGGCUAUACUACGCCCUUUUUCGCAUAUAGUCUAGAUCAUGCCUUCUUCCGCGACCGAAACUGUGAACAAUCACGCCUCUGACAACCCCUCCUUGCCCCGAUCUGCAAGCUUUACCUAUCUUCCUGCUGUUGCACCGGCCGAAUCUAGCUCCCCCGGUCUUAGACGGACCUUCUCCGAUCUUUCCAUCCCGAGACAUGCCGAUCCGCCUACGAAGGAGAGCGUGGAUGCUGGAAAAGACAUAUUACGGCGGACGUCCCAACGAUCCAAAGACCGGCCGACCAUUGGCGUAUCAAAGUUUAGUAUCUCGGCUGAGGAUUUGGUGAACACCGGAAGUGCAGAACCUCGAAAUGAUGCUGUCCCUGUCCCGGAAACCAAACCCCCUGAGCCUGCGGCUCGUCCUGCGAAGGGACGUUCCGUUUCUGGCAGGCUAGUUAGUCUUGCACGAAAACCCUGGUCGUCGAACUACCGUUCUCAACCCCCGUCAGUUCGCGCGGAGGGGCCGCAAGCGCAGCCCACGAAGACUCCCUUACCAAGUAAUGCCACGUCCGAGUCUGUCGCCGAUACAGCAGCAGAAUCGAAAAAGCGCACUGUUUUCUACAAGCGCCCAAGACUUCCUACACUCGCGGUCGUGACGGACGGCGGCGACAAUCCGGGCACACCAACCAGUCCGGCACCCUCCCUACGCACCAAGAGCUCAUUUUCGAGGUUGACCUCAUCCCCCAAUAUUUCCACUCCUUUACUUCCGCCAAUGCCCAAGAUUGCUUCAGUAGCCGCCGCCGUUACCGGCUCUAGCACCCCUGAAUCUCCUCGGAAGAAAGAUGAGCUAUGGGGUGUCUUCCGUUCCCUGGAUGCCGACUAUCAAAAGUAAAGUGUCAAAAUUUGAGCGUUGGGACCGCUGCAAUUACUGACUGCAUCCAGAUUCCAAUCGAAAUCGAGUGCCCUCAAGGCCAAUGUCAUUCGGUCCUCGCUCCUACCGUUUCUCAACAAUCAUCAUCAAGCGUCCUGUGGCGACGUGAGACCGGAAGACCUUGAUCGGCGGGUGGCUACCCUCAACAAAUGGUGGACGGGCUUGUUGGAAAUGCUUAAUGGCAAGAACAACCAAUCUAUCUCCGGUACGGAUCGACCGGCGUACCUAGACGCAGUUGUGGGCAUAAUGAAUCGACCAGAAUGGAGAGUUCCUUUUCCGGCAUGGCAGUCGAACAACUGUGUGCCAGACCCACAGGAGGGCUCAACCUCGAUUUCAGACAGCUCAGAUGCAUCUUCCUCGGGCACUGAGUUUCUAGUUGCAUCUAUUUACCACAACAUUCGAAACAUAUUUGUCCAGAAUCUGCUGUCACAGAUGGCUUUUGUAGUCGGGAGGAUGUCUAUGAGGAACGCUCCGGCAAGCUUGGUCGCAUUUUGCGGAAAGGCUUGCGCCUAUGCAUUCUUCUUCUGCCCAGGCGUGGCGGAUAUUCUCACUCGGCUUUGGAACAUCCCUGCUGACGUUCUCCGACGCGUCCUUGAGGAGUCCGGCGUGUACAGAAAUGCAAAUGUGCGUUCCUUUACCCAGGACCUGUCUCUGAACUUCCCGGUAGGCCUACGGACACUAUCAGUUCAGUCGUAUGCAUCUUUUGUUAGGUAUCUACGGCGAAGCCCUGAUGUGCCCCUUAGCGCGACGAAAAUACCUUGGCAGAGCCCAUGGAUCUCACGUUGGUGUGGUCGAGAUACGGAUCUCUUCUUCGUCUUUGUCAAGUACAUCCACUUAUUGUACGCCGAUUGUCUUCCAUCAGGGCUGGAGAAGUCAAAGAGAAUCUUUGCCCCGGGUUUGUUGCCAAUUUAUGGACAGCUCCUCGUCAUUCUAGAGGAUACGCUGUACAAGCAGUCAAUGCCACAAGUGCCUGACAACUCACAUGUGGCAGCGGCCGUCACUUUUGACGAUUUCAUUGAAGGCGCUGAUGCUUCCGUAUCAGCACUCCCUUUGGGAGCGCCUAAUGGACAGCGUUCUAUGGCGGAAAAUCGUCUGGUCGUUCUUCUUAGGGAUUUUCUCUCCGCGUCAUCUCCAGAACCGGACUCGGCACGCUCGUUAUAUGCGGAAUCAUUUUGUACUACAAUGAAGGCUGCGGCCCGCAGAACGUCCCUAUUUGAUCACAGUGCAUGCUUUAUGCUUUGCGAUUUUCUCGAGGAGGUCAUUCCCAUUUUCGUGCGGUACUCUCAAACCUCCAAGCUUGAGCUCGUCGACUGGAAUUUCUGGCUUGAAGCCUGCAAGAAGAUGGUGCAAAGCCAUAAUUCUCUGACCGAGAUCCGCGUCUUCUCAUUUCUUUUUUGCAUCUGGAACACCUGGGUUGCUGUUGAAGAGCGGAAGGCCGAACUUUGCUUGGGUUUCUUGCUACACGAGGGCCUACUUUACUCCUACUUCAGCCACUGGAGUCCGAUGGUCCGUGCGUAUUUUCAACGUCUUCUGUGUUGGAGAGUGGCUCGGUUCAAUGACGAUCCGACACCGCUUGACUCGAAAAUAUACGAAACUCUUUCGGAUCGACUUCAGCAGAUUUUCGGAUACUACGUUGCAUUUCAGUCGAAGGCUGAGGAGGAGCUUACAGCUCCGCAGUCAUCUGCGCCCUGUACUCCCGCCCCAGGACGAAGAAUCAUAAUUAUUCGCUGCGACAACCAGCCCUCUCCUGUCCCAAGUCUUUUUGACUCGUUUGACCGCCUCGUGCCUCGCGUCCUUCCCGAACAGAUUGUGGCGUCGAAGAACCAGGGCUUUUCGAAGAUUGAGUCGCAUGCCUCGGAAUCUCAGCCGACCACAAAACGAAGAUGGAAUCUAUUGAAGUCUGUUUUUGGUGUAUCUGCAAACUCGAAGCAAUCUGAUCAUCGAACACCCGGAAACGGCCCAGAUGAAAAUACCGAUGGGCUUAAGGGGACUCCAUCUGAAAAGACUGCACAAGACCAUGACGGAUCUACAAAUAGCUCAAAUGAGAGCUUGCGGUUGAAGUCUUAUCAGUCCUUUAGUUUCAGGUUUUCUUUGGAGUGGAUGGACCGUCCGCAGUGGCCCAGCAAGAACAAGCGCCUUUUCAACCCUUGUCUUCCUUCUGCUACUCAAACACACAUAGAGCAUCGUCAGUCUACAACGGGAUUGGACGGUUAUGAGACUACAUCAGAAUAUGGAUCAGAUGGAAAUUCUGAAAAAUCAACCAAAAGUUCUGGCGACAGCCAGGAGAAGUCGGACACGGACGGGACUGUGCAGGCGAAAACGAGGGAUCUUGUCUCCAUGCCGGAGAAGGAAGCCAGACGCCAAGGUCCAGAAGCAGUGACAAUCAGCAAAUUUGCGGCUAGUAAAUAUGCUGGUCGUGCUCUUGCCGAAUGGGCUCAGGUUGUCUCUGAAUGUGACAGCUUCUUUUCCAGACGACGAGACGAAGGCGUUCCAUCUGAUGAGUUGGUCGAGACCCCAAUGCUGGGCGUGGAGAGUUUCAGGAAAUGAACGCAGACAGGGCCGGUGAUUCGAUCCAAUUCUGUACUUGCUUUUUCCGGGAUGUACGCUGGGCGUAACCUGUGUCGCUUACCCUUCGAGAAAAGAGGGAUGGAGAUGCGAAGAGGACUCGUCCUCUCCCCGCAGAUCUAUUGGAGACUGAGGAGAGGGUGAAACGAAGGUCUGUCGCAUCAAGGCAUAUUAUAUACUUAUUAUCUUUCUCCCCCCUUUCCCCUUUCACCUUCCUACCCUAAAUUCUCUGUCACGUCACAGGAUUGGUUGGAAAGCCAAGUUAUGGGUUGUCUUUCGUCUGGACAUAUUGAUCAGGAAGGCGUAUGGCUUUUUUUUUUUUUUUUUCACAAGUUCAGUAUUGCAUUGCAUUGUGCGUUAGGGUCAUUGUUUUGUGUUGAAGAGUCAGUACCAAUCAUUGUUUUUAUUUUUUGCCUUUCUGAUUAUUAUUUUCUUUAUUUCACCUAUACAUGUAACUCUACUUUUAAUCAUCAUUAUGUGUUUUUUGUGAAUAUAUCCUAAUGAUCAUUUCACAAGCUGGCUCACAGGACUAAUCUUUACUGUUCUGCCCCUUCACAGCUUCUGUACAGCUAUUCUAGAUAGUAACUAACACAUCUGGACAUGAGUGCUGGGUCACACAUAGUAUUUUAACUGAUUCCUCCUGGAAUAUUUA